CGAAGCAGCAGCAGCAGAAGAAGAAUGACAAGAAUACUAAACUGAAAAUAGAGGGGGCGAAGUACAGUUUGGUGAACGUUAAAUUAACGCUGUUACCUCAAAAUAUUACCAUUGAACAUUGCUGCAUUAUACUUGCUAAGCUAUGACAGAGCCGCAGUCAGUGCUGUUACUCAGGAGACAGCUUGCAGAGCUGAACAAAAACCCAGUGGAAGGAUUCUCAGCAGGGCUGAUCGAGGAUAAUGAUCUCUACAGAUGGGAAGUCCUCAUCAUCGGUCCUCCAGAUACACAGUAUGAAGGUGGUGUGUUUAAAGCUCAUCUGACAUUUCCCAAAGACUACCCUCUCAGGCCACCUAAAAUGAAAUUUAUCACAGAUAUUUGGCACCCUAAUGUUGACAAGAAUGGAGAUGUCUGUAUUUCUAUUUUGCACGAGCCUGGCGAGGACAAGUACGGCUACGAGAAGCCAGAGGAGCGCUGGCUGCCGAUCCACACAGUGGAAACCAUCAUGAUUAGUGUUAUCUCUAUGUUGGCAGACCCAAAUGGUGACUCACCAGCCAAUGUGGAUGCUGCAAAAGAGUGGAGGGAGGACAGACACGGCGCAUUCAAAAGGAAAGUUGCCCGCUGUGUACGAAAAAGCCAAGAGACCGCGUUUGAGUGAUAUUCAGCGAGGAUCUAGCUUCAUGUAUUCAGGGUCUCCAAUUGAAAAUCAACAUGGCACUAUUUCCUGCACUCUUCCACCCUGUCGCCAGGCUUGUCCUCCUUUUUAUUUUUUGGCAGGAACAGACUGGCUACUGUAGGCUGCAAUAGAACAUAACAGUGACUACCAAGGCUCACAGAAAACCGCCAAGCAAGUGCCAAUUCAAAAAAAGCAAAACAAAAAACAGAAGAUGAUAAAACAUUUUUCAAGUCUAUGAACUGCUUCAACAUUCAGGAAGAUAUUGUAAAGAUGUGUAUAUAGCACAGACUAAACCGGAUAAUAUAUAAGCUCCUUUUCCAUCCAUCAAGACACUUAGACCAAAUGAAUAGCGCUGGUUCUGAUAGAUUUAUUUUUCAAAUGUUUCCAUCCCCCCCCUCUCAACUCCAGCAUGCAUUAGUUCUCUUUAGAUUGUUUGAACAGGAUGUCUUAAUUAGAAAGAGAAUCAUGACGCUGUUGGAGGAAUGUCACCUGUGCAGAGCUGGACUGAGUCAAGCGAGAGAUGAAGGACGUGACCGAUGAAGGGAAUACCGCCAUAUUAGAAACACGCCGCUGUUCUUGUGGGUUCUUUCACACUCUCAGAACUCAACAUAUGUGUACGUGACUGAAUUUAUUUUUCUUUGAGUUAAAGUCUUAACAUCUCGCUCAGUUGACUUGAGAAAGGCAACGUACCCCUUCAAUUUUUUGUGCAUGCUACAUUUUGUUUUAUCUUUUUUCAAAAGUGCCUCCUAAUAAAACACUUGGCCACUUCACCUUGCAUUGAAGAAGUGUUAAAAGAUGUUUUAAAAAAGAUGGAGAUAUUGUGUGCCACCUAUGUAUGGAUUUAUUUAAUAGCCAGUACACAGGGAAUCUGUAUAAUUCGGGUACUGGUAACAAUUUGGUGUAGCAAUAACUCUCCUAGUAUGAGGUGUACGCAUAUUCAUUUUUGAUAUCCUGAUACAAUUUGAAGUCGUCCUCUCUGAUAUUGUGUUAUUUUAGCCGCCUCUCUUUUACUUGUCUGUGUUGUCUUCGGUAGGAAUUGUUAUGCAUGCUUUAUUGUACUUUUGUUUUGGUUCGUUGUUUUGCUGAAUGUUUCUGGGAUUUUGUUUGCGAACGAGUGUUUGUGUAUACAGUAUGUGUGCCCAUUUUGUUUUGUUGCUCUUUCCCCUGAGCCACAAUCUCACGAUUAUUCUGCUCACUGAACUAUUGCAGUUUUGCCUAAUGUACAAAGACAAAAUACUGAUGUAUAUUUUUCAUGUUAAGAAAACCCAUCACCUGUAGUGAGUUCCUUUAAAAUAUGACUUUUUUUCAAUA